AUGCUCCACCGUGCGGCGCUCUGCCGCCCUGAUCACACCCUCUUCUGGACCGUCUGCGCGCCCGUCGGUGCAGGACUCGUUUUCCUCUCUCUAGCUGCGCGCAGCAUAAUCUUGCAGAUUCCGUACGCCAGGGUCAGAGCACUCUCUCUGGACUCGAGGUCUACGGCUCUGCUGCGCAUACAUCUGCGCCACGGCGCUACUGUGCUGCUGUGGUGUGAUUCAGCAGAGCUUUUGGCGAAAGAGGUUACCGAAGCUAGCAAAGUAGGAGGCGAUGCAAGUCAAACGGAAGACGGCGUCAUGUUCUCGUGCCAUGUUUCUACGGGGUCUUACGUGCUUCAUUCAGCAGUUGUGACAGUAGGGCAUCUCCACGUGAUAGUGCAUACAUCAGAUAUUUUGCUGAAAUGCCCUGUGGCAGAAAUCAUCGAAGUCCGCGAAGCAGGGCAUCCAUGCGUUAUUGACCUGUGCUGCAUCUCUAAAAGACUUAUCCUUGAGUUUGAUAAGAGCGAGGAUGCGAACAAAUGUCGUACCCUUUUACUUGGCUACAUCUUGCUGAGGACCCUUAAAAUAGAUGUGAAAGAUCAGAUAAAACAAUUUUACGUGGCUUCCAUAGCUCAACCAUCAAUGCUGUGGGCGGGAAGCCUUUUUCACAAUCUUCAAUAA